GGGCCCUCAGACACCAAAAGCAGAACAAGAGAUUUCAGCCUUAUGGGACGCAAAAAACACCAGCAGCAGCGGGAUCUCCAGCUCAAUUGGCUUUUCCUGGGGCUUCUAAUACUUUUCAACCCUUUCCUGCGUUUCAACAGCAGCAACAACAGCCAUUUCUCUACGGCCAGGGCAGAAACAAGCAGUCAAGGAGACAGCCUAUGCCGUACGACGUUUGUUUCAACCGUUUCGCAACAGGGCACUGGAAGUCCAACUGCCCAAAGGGAAAGGCCACUCAAAGUCAAUGAUAAGUAUACAGGUUGUUUGACUUGUGUUGUUGAAAAGAGUAAAACGGAAUGCGGUAUAAAACAUAGUCUAAAAAGGCAUUACAGUAAAUGGGAGGAAAUAGGGGCUUUUCAAUAUAUUUUGAAAAUAGUACAUUCUGGUUAUGAAAUUCCUUUUGUCUCCAUACCACCGUCUAUGAAUUUUAGAAAUAAUAAAUCUGCACAAAUUAACGCUGAUUUUGUCACAUCAGAAAUAUCUCAGUUAAUUAAGGCGGGUUGUGUCGUAGAAGUUACAAACAAACCAUAUAUUGUAAGUCCUCUCAGCGUAGCAGAAAACAGGUCGAAAAAGAGAUUGAUACUAGAUUUGAGUAGACUGAAUAAUUAUGUGAGAUAUGAAAAAAUAAAGUUUGAAGAUUGGAAAACAGCCAUCGAUUAUUUUGAAAAAGAUUGUUAUUGCAAAAAAUUUGAUCUUAAAUCCGGUUACCAUCAUAUAGAUAUAUCUGAUAGUUUCCAAACAUAUCUCGGGUUCUCAUGGAAUGACAAGUUUUAUUGUUAUACCGUGCUUCCGUUUGGUUUGUCAUCCGCUCCAUUUAUUUUUACGAAAUGUCUAAGACCUAUUGUUAAAUUCUGGAGAAAAAGGGGAAUUAAAAUAGUUCUUUACCUAGAUGACGGUUUCGUAUUCGCAUCAUCUAAACAUGAAUGUUUGUCAGUUUCUGAAUUCAUCAAAAGUAGUUUAUCAGAAUUUGGGCUACUUAUCAAUAUUGAAAAAUCAGUAUUUUAUCCAACUCAGAAUUUAGAAUGGUUAGGAAUUUUGUGGGAUUCAAAGUCUUUUUCUAUUUCAGUGCCCAAAAGACGUCUUGACGACACAGUUGCUUCUUUACAGCAAUUGGUGAAGUGUUUUCCUAAAGUGACGGCGAGACAAUUGGCGAGAGUUGUGGAAAAAAUAAUGUCAAUGUCACCAGUUAUGGAUAUAUUUAAAACGGGAAGGUGGUCCGAUAGUGUAAGGAUUGAAGAUCAGCGAUUACAACAGCUACGGGACCUUUUACCAACUUUCUGUCUUAAAUCAAGAGCAGGCAAUACAUGGAGUCAAUACAGGAACUUUUGGAAAUAUGGCCCUUGUCGUAGGAACGCUGAAGUCCUUCGGGGUGCUUCUGGUAGAGCUGUCACACAGAUACAACGCUCCUGCAAGUGUGUUGGCUUCUUCACAAUCUCUCUGUGGAUGGCUGCAUUUAGGACUUGCCCCAGUAUCGAAUAACCUCAGUCAGCGGUUCAGUUACCGCCGAGUGGUGUUUUUUGGUGGCGCUUUGUCAGCUCUAGGACUGAUCGCCGCAGGAUUUGUAACGGAGAUUGAGUGGUUCUUUGUGACAUAUGGAGUCAUUACAGGCAUUGGGUUCGGUCUCGCCUUUGGACCCACCACGGUGUUUCCGGGUCUUUAUCUUGACAAGAAGCUGCCAUUGGGCCUUGGACUUAGUGCUGCAGGGUCGGGUUUGGGAUCCUUCAUAUUCCCAAACCUGAUGAGAUAUCUCAUGGAUGAAUAUUCUGUGUCUGGUUGUUUGCUUGUUAUGGGAGGGAUAGUGUUACACGUUUGUUUUUUCGCCCUUCUCUUACGACCUUUAUCAUACUGGGAAACAGGCAAUGAUAUAACCAUAGAAAAACACUAUACUGAAAAUAAAGAUAAAUGGACAAGUGAUGUAGAGAUGCAAAUUCAAGAUGAGGAAAGCAAAAAAUUACUAACAGUGAAGAAGGGAAGUUUGAAUGAUAUAUGGAAAACAGGGACGGAUUCUGGAUCCAUUACUAAACCAGGGCUCUCUCGAACACAAUCGUUAACGUGGUUUUCAAAUGUUAUCAAUAAGCAGCAAAUGACAUCUUCUUACAGUGACAACAGUGUAUAUUUCGAGAAGAAAAAAGUUGAUCUGAAGUUUUCAAAAAAAAAUUCUAGACAAAGGGUAGAAGCUGUUGAAGAUCUGCUGAAGCCGCCAAAUCCUUCUUUCAUUAACUGGAAGAUGCUUACUGACCCUUUGUUCAUUCUAGUCACUAUUGGUGUUUUCUUAGCCAUUUUUGCUCAUCACAUCGUAUUUAAUUUCAUUCCUCCUCUUGCAGACGAAUUUGGGUUCACUGAAUCCGAAGGAGCGCUAUGUGUCUCGAUCGUUGGAUUAACGGAUCUGAUUGGCAGGGCUUCCAGUGGCGUCAUAGGCAAUACGUUCUUUACUCGACGAAUCAAGCUUUACAUCAUUUGCCUUCUAGUGUUCGCCACGUGCACCAUGAUAGUGAUUCAUAUCACAAAUGUUUACAUUUUUAUUGUAUUCUGCUGCUUGAUUGGACUAUCUACCGGGGGUUAUGUCGGGGUCAAACUUUCGAUGAUCGCGGACGAACUGGGAAAAGAAAACUUGCCAACAGCCUGGGGAUAUAUCGCUUUCUUUUCUUCCUUUUCCAUCUUAAUAAACCCCGUGAUCUCAGGGAAAUUCACGAUAAACAACGUGCUUUCAGAUGAAGUCAUAAUGAAUAACCUGACCUCGGGUAAAUUCACUAUAAACGUGCUUUCAGGUGAAUCCACAAUAAACAACGUGCUCUCAGGUGCAAUCAAAGAUUCUUCUGGAUCGUGGGUGAACGCAUUCCGAAUGUCCUCUGUUUCUGGAUUUCUAAGUGCAGCGGUUCUCUUUACAGUACCGUACGUCCGAAAAUGUUUAGAGAAGAAACGACAAAGGUCUUAAAAUUUUGUUAUAUGAUAAUCUACGAUGUUGUAUGAAGAGCUGCCGUCCAGUUUUACUCAACAUGUAUGGGUGUACAUUAUCUGUUAGGGGUUUAAACAGUGGGAGGAAAGCGGACUGCGCAGAAAACACCCCGUGGGUCCAGUGUUUAUAUAUCACUAUAACACGAACAACCUGGAUAUUUCGCCAUGCCAGUUAUAUCCUAAAUUUUGUAAUAUAUAGGUUUGUAUGUCAACAUGAAAGGUCGGUGCAUUUAUCAAGAAUCAUUGAUACAAGUUAAAAACAUUGGUAAAUCAUUAGAUGUGAACAUUUUCCUUUUAUGAGAAGAAAAUAGUCCUAAUAAAAAUGUGUACCA